GGCACUGGCAGUGCUGUGGGCGGCGCUCGGGCGGGAGGCGCGCCCGGCGCGGGAGAGCCGAGCGGGACAUGGCCGAGGAGGGGCCGCUGCCGCCGGCGGCGGUGCCCGAGGGGUCACCCGGCGCCGAGCCCCGGAGGGUCCGCGGCGCGGGCGAGGGGUCGGGGCCGCCGGAGCUGCCCGGCGGAAACAUACGGGAGCUGCUGGAGGAGGUGGAGAUGCAGAUCGGCGACGCCGCCUUCUCGCUGGCGAAGAUCCUGGAGGCGACGUCGGCCGUGUCGGCCCAGGUGGAGGAGCUGGCCAUCAAGUGCUCGGAGAACGCCCGGUUCCUCAGGACGUGGCGGGACCUGCUGAGGGAGGGCUACGAGUCCCUGAAGCCCAGCGGCUGACGCUGGCCCUGCCCGCCGAGCCGCCCGUGUCGGACGGCGGCGGGGCUCUUUUCGACCUCCUCUUUUAGGGAGCUCAUGUGGAGUUUUGUUUUCCCCCAGAGUUCUUUCACAAAUACUUGGGGACUCUCGUAUGGAUGUUUUAUGUAAGUCUUCCGAAUAAAAAAACUUUGUUUAGGGGACCAGUUUUGACUUUCAGGUUGUUCGUUGAAGCUCAAGCGACCUCACACUCUUUCUUCUGUGCGAACGUGAUAGAUACAAAGUUAAUAUGUGUGCUACGUUCAGAACUCAUUACUGCUAGGAAAGUGGCGUCCUAUGGUGAAGAAUUGUCAGCCCUCCUUUUUAAGAGCUGUUACCAGCAGAAACCCUGCCAACUCCAGAGAAAUUUGAACUAACUUCAGUUUUUUGUUAUGCACACUUUUUCUUCACGUUGAGUAUGGGAUAAUGUGUCAAGUUGUGGCUUAUUUAUGAGCUUUAAGAAAAAUCCUAUAUCCCAAACCUUACUAUUUUUAGCAGUCUUGUAACGUAUGUCUGUAAAGCUGCAGAUUUUUCGCAAGAUGUUUUAUUACUGCAAACAAUUUUACUUUUUGUUGUAAUAAAGUGCCUUAUGAUGGACCAUAUAUCUCUGCAGGGUAGAAGUUUAACAGCAUUGUUCACUGAUAGGAUGGAUUAUUUUGAACUAUAAGUAAAAACUUCCAUUAGUUAGAAAAGAAUCUGUGACGUGUAUUCUCCUGUCACUGGGGAAGCACUUCAGAGCUUUUUCAGUAUUUGGUCCUGUUUUUUAUUUUUGCCUUAUGCAAUGACUAGUCUUAUAGUCUAGAGCUUACUGUUAACAGAACCUUUUGGUCUGAAAGAUUGCUGAUCUGCAAUAAAUAGCUGUACUGACACUCCUGUACCUUUGUCAGGCACUGUGAAAAAUAGUAAUGCUGAAAUGCAAUGGCAGGCUGCAGGAGAACAUGACUCUGCUGUGACUUAUUAGUCGGCCUUAUUUUUACUAGUAGGACUUUUAGAAAGACCAACUGUAGUUUGCUUAUCAAAACAAUAAAGAUGUUGCAAAAAUUCUGAA